CUAAAAACACGUCUCGCAGAUGUAAACGCAGACCUCAAAUAGACGCCUCGGUGAUGUGCGUGUGCUGUCAGGGUAGCUGACGUCUAGUUUGCUAGAUAUAACUGUAACCUGUUGCUAAAAAAGCAAGUGGAUUUUCCUAAUCCUUUAAUUUGAUAAUCCUGAAAGCAUUUCAAGACACAUUCAGCGCCUCAUUCACUGACAGUCAUACGUGAGACAGUGCUUCAGUUCAUCUGUAAGGCGUUCUUGCAUCAUACAUCACAUCAUGACCUCUAACCAUUGAUGGCUUCAUUUAUUUUAUUUUGUAUUUAUCGACUUCUUUAUAACAGAAAUGACUCUUCUUUUGGCCUUGUUAUGUCUCACCAGUGUUGCAGAUGUAUUAGGAAAGCAAAAGAUAAAUUCAGAAAAUAUAACACGGAUCCUAGACCGACUUCUUGAGGGUUAUGACAAUCGUCUGCGCCCGGGAUCUGGAGUCUCUGUAACUGAGGUCAAAACAGACAUAUUUGUCACAAGUUUUGGACCAGUAUCUGAUGUUAAGAUGGAGUUCACUAUGGAUAUGUUUUUCCGCCAAAUGUGGGUUGACGAGAGGUUAGCCUUUCAGGGGCCCGUCGAAAUCUUGCCUUUGAACAACCGCAUGGUGGACAAGAUCUGGACGCCCGACACGUUUUUUCGCAACGCAAGGAAGUCCCUCGCACACAACAUGACGUCUCCUAACAAACUGUUUCGGAUCAUGCAAAACGGAACGGUCUUUUACACCAUGAGACUGACUGUAAGUGCAGUGUGUCCAAUGGUGAUGAUGGACUUUCCUAUGGAUGGACACACAUGUCCUCUCCUGUUUGGAAGCUAUGCGUACACUAAUCGUGAAAUCGUCUACACGUGGAGGAAGGGUCUUCAAGCAUCAGUAGAUUUUCCUCCGGAAUCAUCAAGCUUACUUCAGUAUGAUCUUGUGGGCCAGACCUUGUUCAGUGAAACAUAUAAAUUCAGCACAGGUCUGUAUUCUGUCCAGGUUGUCCAUUUCUAUCUUCAGAGGAAGCUCGGCUACCAUCUCAUCCAAACGUACAUCCCAUUGAUUAUGGUGGUUGUGCUGUCGCAAGUCGCAUUCUGGAUCAACAAGGAGUCUGUCCCGGCUCGAACAGUGGCUGGAAUCACCACUGUGCUCACCAUGACCACUCUGAGCAUCAGCGCCCGCUCCUCGCUGCCCAAAGUCUCCUACGCCACCGCCAUGGACUGGUUCAUCGCCGUCUGCUUUGCCUUUGUGGCUUCGGCCCUCGUUGAGUUUGCCGCGGUCAACUACUUUGCCACACUCGAGGCCAACAGGGAAAAACGCCGGCUCUCCAGGGCCUCCGUUCUGGAGUCCAUAGCCCAGGGCAGCGACGACGAGCCAGAGACGCCUCAGUCUGAUACCAGUGGCUUUAGCCGCAGAAGACGGGCGAACUCUGUGUUCGAGGCGCCCAGGACUCGCUAUCCCAUCUUCCUUCAGGGCUCGGCCGUCCCACCCAACAUGAUGCUGGCAGGCACCAGUGCCAUAGACAAAUACUCCCGCGUCCUCUUCCCUCUGGCCUUCGGGAUCUUCAACCUCAUCUACUGGUUCAUCUACCUCAGCAAAGACACCUUGGAAAAGCCCAGGUCUGUGGUCUGAUAUCUGCUGAUACUACUCUUCUUCAAGGAGGGAGUUUUUAGUAUUUAUUAUUACGUUGUGUCCUUUCUUUCAGUUUUAUUAGAAUGUAAUGAGAUUAAAUGUGUUCUCACGUUCUUGUAGAGCUCAAAUUACACCUAUUUUUUUCUGAGAAAAUGAUCUUGUACCUCCUGAUCACUGUCACACGGAAACGCUCAAAAUAGUGCUGAUUCAGCAGUAAAAUCUAGUUAAGAAGUUACCUUGUAAUAUUCCUGUUUAAUAAUUCCCAUAAAUCACUAUUUUUUAAUGUCUUAAUGCAAGAUUAAUCUAAAAGUAACCUAAAGACGUACAAUAUAUUUUAUACAAUACAGUACACAGUGCCUACCAACUGUAGGGUGUUUAUGAAAAGCUAAUAACUAAUGAAAUAAUGUAAAAAAUAAUGUCAUAAAAAUGUCAAAAGCUUUGGAAUCCCUACUUUACAUGAAUAAACAUUAAUAAACACGAAUAUUACAUGGCCGAAGUGUUCCAGGCUUGAAUUAUUUUUGUCCAGACUUUCCAUUUUUAAUAGUUAGCGAAGGUAAACUGGUUGUUAUGAAGUUAUGGUAUUUCACAGCUAUGCAAAUGUCGAACUGGAGUGAAUCAAUAAAUUAUAAAUAAUUUACCGACAUUGUGUGAAUACUAUAUAAUCAUGUAAGCCAUAAAAAUAACUGUAAUCUGAUUAUGAGCAUUUUAAAAGACUAACUUGUCUGACUCGUAUCUGUUUUUUUUCUCUCUAAAGAAUGUGGGAUAAACACAUGAGACAAAAUUUAUAACAUAACUGAGAUCUCCAUUGUAUCCCAUGGCCUUAAAAUAAAGCAAUUACAUUUUUUUUUAUAGACCAUAAUGCAAAAUAUAUAGGCCUCUUAUAGAGAAGAGGUCUUGUUGCAUUGCUUUGCAAUUUAUUUUUCCUUAAUUGGAAAUGGUGUGGCUAUUCAUAUUUAUUUCUGCUCUUUAGCUUAUCUUCUCAUCCCAGCUCCGCAGAAUGCUGUAGAUGUGUUUUCCAGGAAACUAUGAUGGCACACAGGUUUGCUCUGGAUGUGUUAUCGAGGCUGUAAAUACAUGAAUAAUUUCUGAACCUAAAACAGCCGCAGGACUCGAGCAGGUGAAAACAGCAGAGGUGAUGUUCCUUCUGGGUGACUCUGUUGCUGCGGUUCUUGAGGUCAGAGCCCCAUCCAAGAUUUAUCAGGGCCAACUCUUUAAAAUAAAAAAGAAUCCUCUGCUGUAUUUUUUUUUUUAUUCAUCUGAUUUGUUCAAAGGGAUCAUGAUGCAAUUUAAUCCCAAAUUUCCCUCAAUGCCGAAGGCGUGAGAUUUACCGAAUCAAGAAAAUCAACACAUCCUCUCAAAAUAGAGCCACUUAUCAAACUCAAACUCUAAAGUUUCAUUAUUUGUGUUCCUGAGGGCAGCUAAAGGCAGUCAUUUGAGGCCUUUUGCAAAGUACCGCCUGAAACACAAGAUACGAUAAUCUACAACUUCAAAAUGGCAUCGAGCCAUGCGCAUUAGCACCCAGAUUUCACACGGAAAAAAUGAUUUCCAUCAAACAUUAAUCACUGACGUCAGGAUACAGGUGAUGAAAGCGUGUGCGAGGCCACGUGUUCAUCUCUGCUGAUCUUGUAUUUGUCUUUCGUUGUGUUUUAUCUCCACAGGGAGAUCGACUGAGUUUCUCCUGAGAGGUGCGAGAUGUAUUCAGCAGUAAGACCGUGCUCUUCUUCGGACCGCUCUCUCACUUUCAUCAUCUAGCAGCUUCAUCCCUGAUAGAGCACGAGGCUGUCUGACACUAUUUGACAAGCAUUUGAUCCUGUUCCUUUCCUAUUUUAUCACCUAUAUAGACUUUCCACUCCAUUUGCCUUUACAUUCACAGCCGAGGGCCACGUCGUUAUACUAACCCUGGUACAUAGCAAACCCUCCUCUGGUUCUGCUCUAGUUCUGCUCUUCUGUGUGUGUGUGUGUGUGUGUGUGUGUGUGUAAGGAGUUGAUGACAUAAUCUGCAGCUCUCUAACUGGUGAUGCAACAUUGAACCAAUGCUUUCAGUGGCCUGCCCUCUACAGAGACACGGCUCGCACUGCACUAGAUCAAAAGCGCCGGGUUUAUUCUGACAGCUUCAAAGAUUUCGCCUUGAAAAUAAAGGAGAAAAAGUGCAUCCAUAGAACUGAACUUUAACUAACACCAUUCACACACAUACGUUUUUCCAGACACGUAUGGUGCCUCUCUUGACACGGUGGCGCUGUGAUAGAGGGAUGGAGUAAAUCUCAGUGUGGGGGGUGGAUAAUAUUUAAUAUGUAUUCUCAGCUUACGGUCUAUUUGAUGUUCUCUGAUGUUUCUCUGUGCAUCCAGUUCUCGUCUCUCUCUCUCUCUCUCUCUGUUGGGAGAACAUGCACAUGCCCAGGACGCUGCUGAUGUACUCAAAUAUCCCAUAAGACAAUUCUGCAUAACACUGUAAAUGGCUUUUAAAACCCAAUUCUAGCACUGAAGAAUAAACAUGAUAAUAUAUACCUAUAAACAUAGGUGCUAAUGUAAAAAUCUCAGUAAUUUAUUACAUUGUUGUAUAAUGUGUAGAUGCAUUAGUGUUUCGCCUAAUUAGGAUAUUUUUUCUUUAUGUUUUAUUUGUCUGAUGGUCAACUCAUGCAAUCCACACUAAACAUUUUAUGUUUAACCCUCAUGUUGUGUUACA